AAGCGUCUCGCGCCGCUAAGCUACAGUCAGCGUCGGGCGAGGGGACGUUGUGGGGCGGGGUCUGUCUUCCUCCCAGCCAAUGGCAAAGGGUGUAGCCUGGCGCGCGCGUGCUGCGAGUUCCAGUUCCGGCGGGCCGGCGGCGGCGCCGCCUCAGGGCCAUGGAUGCCGCCGAGGCCGAGUUCCUGGCCGAGAAGGAGCUGGUGACCGUCAUCCCCAACUUCAGCCUGGACCGGAUCUACCUCAUCGGGGGGGAUUUGGGUCCCUUUAAUCCUGGCUUGCCUGUGGAAGUGCCUCUUUGGCUAGCUGUUAACCUAAAACAGAGACAGAAGUGUCGGCUAAUACCUCCUGAAUGGAUGGAUGCUGAAAAGCUGGAGGAAAUCCGGGAUCAGGAACGCAAAGAGGACACUUUCACUCCAAUGCCCAGUCCCUACUACAUGGAACUAACUAAGUUGCUGUUAAACUAUGCCUCAGACAGCAUCCCAAAAGCAGAUGAAAUCCGAACACUGGUUAAGGAUACCUGGGAUACACGGAUAGCUAAACUGCGGCUGUCUGCGGACAGCUUUGUCAGACAGCAGGAGGCCCAUGCCAAGCUGGAUAAUCUGACCUUGAUGGAGAUCAACACCACUGGGACUUUUCUUACUCAAGCCUUAGAUCACAUGUACAAGCUACGCACAAACCUUCAGCCGGCUGAGAGUGCCCAGUCCCAGGAUUUCUAAGAUGCCUUCUGACAAUCUAAAACCCUCAUGGGAUGAGGCAAUAAUAGUAGGAAGACUCUGCCCUCUGGACACUAUUAAUGAGUCCUAAUGCAACUUGCCUUAUGCUGUUUUUAUGCCUUAAAUACCCUGUAUAGGUCUCUGCUAAAAUCCAUGCAAGUCUUAUACGUUUCCUGUCAGUUGUAUCUAACUUGAGUCUCUGUGGUGUUUGUGUUCAGGCAAUAGGAAGAAGACAGUCUUGUGGCUGCAUAUUAAUAAGUUGAGGACUGCUAAUGGCACAGAGGGCAUUCCCUGCUCAGCAGCUAUUGUGAACAGCUUCUGCUCUAUAAUGAGCAUCCUUGGCAAAACAAAUGAUUCUACCUGGCAGAACUCUCUUAGCCCCUGUGCAGCUGUCUUUGCAAGAUGAAUUGGUUGCAGCAGUUAGAUGCUGUUGGGAGGUUUUUCUUGUUAUUGCCUUAUUGGAUGGGGUUUUUAAAAUCUCUUAAAUGAUAUGUAGCAGCAAUAAAUAUGCUCUUAGUUUA